ACACCCGUCGAGGGGCGGGGCCUGUUUGCCAAGCCACGCCCCUGUCUCCGCAAGUCUGAGCAACAAGUCCCAAUUUCCCGUUGCACAGUGGUGAUCUGCGCUGGUGUUUGUGUGGUCAUAUGAUGGUUAUAAUCAUAUGUGAGUGAUGGAGAAACACACCCGCUUCGACUGUGAUGAAGUGACGGACUGGAGAUCGGGUUGAAGAAGAUGAUGACGGAGCUCAUUGAUCAGGCUGAUCUGGUGACCCCCACAGAGCUGACGGACCCUCAGAAGGAUCCCACACACUCCAGACAGAGUCUCAGGCUCCAGCUCAUUGAGGAUCUGUCGUAUGAGGAUGUGAAGAGAUGCUACAGGGGUUCAACCGUCAGCAAAUACAACUCCCAGUACCACAAACUCUUCUCGGCCGUCCCGAAGGAGGAGAUCCUCAUGAAGGUUUAUUCCUGCGCUCUUCUGCGGGACAUUCUGCUGCAGGGACGCCUCUACAUCUCUCCAAACUGGCUGUGUUUCUAUGCAAACCUGUUCGGGAAAGACAGCAAGGUGUGUGUCCCGGUGGGCUCUGUGCAGCUGGUGAAGAAACACAAGACGGCUGGACUGGUUCCUAACGGACUGGUCAUCUCCACCGACAGAGGACAGAAGUAUGUGUUUGUGUCUCUGCUGUCACGAGACAGUGUGUACGAUGUGCUGAGGAGAAUCUGCACACACCUACAGGUGAACGAUAAGAAGAGUUUAAGUCUGAAGCAGCUCCUGGAGGAACCCGGUUCUCUGUCGACGGAUGAGUCUCCAGUGUCUACUGAUUUCACGCCGGUGCUGAAGUGGCGCGGUAAACCGUCUGCACCCUCCGUGUCUUCAUCACUGACAGACCUGCUGGAGACCUCUACGAGCAGCCAGAGCACAGCACACACACCACUGGAGGAGAGACGCCUGGAGUCGGAGAAGAGUGAGUCUGAGCUGGGUCUCGUGGAGCAUCAUCUGCUCAAGUUCUUCAUUCUGCUCAUCAUUCUGCUCAUCUUUUCAUCGUGUUAUCUGACAUUUCGCGUCUGCAGUCUGGAACAACAGCUGUCUUUCCUCAACACACAGCCGGCGAUGUGUGUGAGAGAGAGGUGACCCCGGUUUAACCCCGUGCUAACAUCCAGAGCAGCGUCUGUAAAGGGUUAAACCAGCACUAGUCAGGAAGACUCCAGGAACUGGUUCUGAGACCAGCAUGAGAUGCACAUGUUCACCAGUGUUUACUGCACGGCUAAAAACAUCUCACUCACUACUUCACUCUCGUACACCAUUACAUGUAUAUUUUUGUAUAUUACAAUUUUUUUUUUUACAUAUUUUAAUAAGUCACAAAAAGUAUAAAUGUUUAAAAUGCAUAAAUUAUAUUUAUACAUGUGUAUUUAUACCAUUUUUAAAUAUUAUAAUUAAUCUAAAUAUGUAUUUUAAUUAUAAUAUUUCAUUUCCAAAUUAGUAUAAAUUAUAUAUAAUAAUUCAUUAUUAUAUAUGAUAUUUCAUUUCCAAAUAUGUAUACAUUUUGAAUAUUAUAACUACCGUAUUUUCCGGACUAUUAGUCACACUUUUUUUCAUAUUUUGGCUGGUCCUGCUAUUUAUAGUCAGAUGCAACUUAUUUAUCCAAAUUAAUUUGACAUGAACCAAGAGAAAUGAACUAA